AUGCUGCAAGUUCAUGCGCCAGUUCUGGCAUCUGCCCGUUACGAGAAAGAUGGAAGACCUGAGCAGGUCGAAGCAGACCCCGGCGGGGGCCAUGUCCACGGGGUCCUAUGGCCAGAAGGGACAUCGGAAGGCGGUCCGAAGAAAGAGUCGACGUUGCAAGAGCUCCAAGACGAGAUCGAACGAUGCAGGAUAGCGAACGAGGAGAUGAAGCGAGCUGUGAAUGACGAGCGGGAAAGGUACGUCACCACGAUUCGGGACCUCAAGCUCCUGUGCCUCGUUCAGGACGAUGCUGAGGUUGCACGGGCGCAGUCCCGCCUCCGUCAGUACCACGGUCUGCGCCACUCGCUGGCAGAGAACUCGCUUCCCGGGUCGGCAUCGACCGAAUCAGAUCGAUUCGUCCUCGACCAAAUCGCCACAUUGAACGCUGAGCUUGACCUGGCACUUGCAGAGAAGCAAGCGCAGAAACAAAAGCGGUCCUUGAAUGGUCUUCGCGGCCAGCCGUCCUUGGAGGAUGACCGCUGUCGGGCAGCAUCGCUCCAGAGAGCUGGCGGACAAGGUGUUUUUCCGGAAAGGCGGUGUUGUGCUGGGCUGCGUCAAGAGCUGCUUCUUUCCGUCACUGCACUGCAACAGGAGAACCAGCGACUCUAUGAGGAGAACGUCCAAAUACGCCGCACGCUCGCCGCUCACGGGAAGGCUAGUGACGGAUAUCCACUGAAAUCCCGUAGACCUCCUCGAGGCCGCGCAUGCAUGAGCAAGUGGAGCAAACUGUUGAGAGGCAGAGAUGGUGGCGACUGGAUGCUCAGUGAGACGAAAGUUCGACGGUUUCUCGAGCACGAAACCUCUGCCCGUUCUUCGUCAUUCAGUCAAGCAGACCUCGCGAAAAGUAUCUUGGCCGUCUACCGGAAUACAGAGGAGAAGCUGAAAUACUAUCGGAGUCGAAACAGGGUUCUUCAAGCAAGGCUCGCCAAGCAGCGCAGUCGCGGGUCGGACGCUCGCAGAAGGCAAGACGGCAAGGAGGCAGAUGUCGGAGAUGAGGCGUUCAGCUUGGAAUGGAAAGUGGGGACGCUGGAAGCGGAGAUUAGCCGUCUCAAGCAUGUGCUAGAGCUGAGCACAGGGACAUGUCUCUCUUUGGCAACGAUUCACAAGUUUUUUCUUGAGCAGAAGACGAUUCUACAGAAACAGCUGGAGGGAGAACAAGAAGACAUCGAGGCACUAGAGGACGAGUGCAGUACAAUGAAGGAAAUGAGGCUGAUGUGUUUCGCAGAAGAGGAUGAGACUGCCGACGCAGCAGCAGAAAACCUGAGCUGUCUCGUGGGGGAGGCGGGAGAGGCUAGCCACCGGACAAGACGCGCUACGGGAUUACCCAGCAAUGCUGACGCGGUCGAAGAGGCUUUCCUCGCUGCCUAUGAGGGAGUCAUGAAUGCUGUCGAAGCCCUGAAGACUCGGCAUGCACAGACAACUGCAAGACUGGCUCAGAUACAGACGGGCCUCAUCAGUGUCGAGCAGGAUCUGAAACUUCGGGACAAAGAGCAGCGUUCUCAAAUCGAGAAGCACAUGCAAGAUCUGAACGACGCAGCUGCGGAGUACGACGGCGUAGGAGCGGGGUGGAACAGCCUCAAGCCGUGUUACGUAAGGCAAACGGUUGGUCCGGGAUCGGCCGAUCGCGAGGCUCAGACUGACAACUCAGGUAUUGCUUCACGAAGGCACUUGUAUACUGGCGACUUCGCUGUGAGCGAUAGCACCUCAGCGCCUGUAACCGUGUCAAUCAUCAACGAAGAAGACAUUGUGGUCAAACUCAUGCUCGAUGACAUGGAGUUCCCCCCCUGUCUGUACACCGCGAUUGCGGCAAUAAAGUUUCCAGAAGGAAGUCGGACAGGAGAAAGCACUUCAGGAGCCGAAAAAGCGGGCCAGGCAGCAAGUCGGUCGAAGGGAGAGGCCACUCAUCAGUCUGAGAACGCGCGCAGAGAGACGCGGCGAAAUGUGAUGAAACGGAGACGCCUGGCUGACGAAACAGACGGGAAACUCAUUGCGAACAUGCUCGAAGUCGAAUACGCGCGUGGAACGCCCUGCCUCAUCCUGAAGGACCAACAGGAGCCUGCUGCGACGUCGCAAGACUCUCGGCCCCUGACGUCCUACGUGGAAGAUUGCUUAUACAACGACAAGCUUUCCUUUUGCCAUGCCCUUCUCGUCUACGGCACUCCACUCCUCCUGCUCAUGAUCCAGUGUGCAAAACGCCGGUAUGGAAUGCUGUUCUUCCACCUGUGCAUGUACAACAGUUUGUCUGGGUGGGUCAAAUAUGUCUCUCUGCCGUCCAAAGAAAUCUGUCGUCGCUUUGGACACUCAGGAGACAGACAGCUGUUGGAGGCCUUGGGAGGCCUAAAGCGGGGUGGAAAAGUUUCUGAGGCCGCGACGGUUAACCAGAUUAUCCGACUCUUCAAAGGGUGCUUUGCGUCUGACGCCAAGACCGCCGCCACAAGCCCAUCUGCCUCUCCCACGUCCAGGCCGUUCGAACCGGAAGUGAUUCUUCUCUGCGGCUCUCUGACGCUUGGAGAAAAGUCGGAAAUCCUCAAAGAGCAACAAAUUCAUGCGGCCAAGCUAAGGCAGACUAACCGAAAAUCAAAGCACCUUGAGGCGCAGCGCUCCCCACUCACUCUGGACGCCAGCCGCUCGGGGGCGUCGAUGCAAGACGCCUCUGCAGCCCGAUCAGCGAGUGUGAUAGGUCUCAGCAAUUCCCUUUCGGGAGAGGAAAAACCCGACGAAGCUUCUGUCUUCCUGCAGCUCAAAAUAUGCAUCGACUGGGACUGCUACCUAGACGUCUCAUGCGAGUUCGAACAGUGA